AACUCCACUAGAAGAAGUAAAAGGUGUCGGCGCAUGCGCAGAGAGAGCAGCCUGCACGCGCGCUCGGGGGACAUGAGUUUUGUUGCAGAUUUCCACCAGGAGGCGCUGAAAAAAGACCAAGGUCCAGAGAGAUACCUGAAGAUCCAACUGGAGCUGGAGGAGGAGGUGAGUCUGUCUGAGGUGGAGUUCAGGUUCUUCAUCGUGUCGGGGCUCAGGAGUCUCCACGGAGAAGGGUCUGGUGAAACUUUGGAGCUCUUUGACGUUGCUGGGAUUUUACAAGAACCAGCGCUGUGCCUUCAGAGUCCUACAGGUCUCCUCAAGUCCUCCAGAAAGUUGAGAGUGAUGUGGCUUGGGUCUGGUCUCGGGUCUGGUCUCGGGUCUGGUCUCGGGUCUGGUCUCGGGUCUGGUCUCGGGUCUGGUCUCGGUUCUGGUCUCGGGUCUGGUCUCGGGUCUGGUCUCGGGUCUGGUCUCGGGUCUGGUCUGAGGUCUGGUCUCGGGUCUGGUCUGAGGCCUGCUCGUGGUCUGGACUUGCCCCGGUCUAGAUCUGGUCUUCGGUCUCUUCACGUUGGUCAGGUUUUCAGUCUGACCAGGACUUUCUCUGAGCAGGACCUGGUUGAGUUCUCGGUUCUGACCGGGGACUCGAACCCUCUCCAUCUGGACCCGGACUUUGCCAAGACCACGGUCUUCUCCAGACCUGUAGUCCACGGAGUCCUGGUGAACGGUCUGAUCUCCGCUCUCCUCGGCUCCAACGCUCCGGGCUGCGUCCUCCUGAAGCAGGACAUACGCUUCCCCGCGCCGCUCUUCCCCCGCGAGCCCGUCCUGGCCCGGGUCCAGGUCCAGAGGGUCCGGCUUUCCACAGCUCUGGUCUCGGUCCGGGUCCAGACCCAGACCCGGACCGGAGACGGGGCCCAAGAACCGAAAGUGGUGCUGGAGGGAACCGUGACCGUGAAGAUUCAGCGGGACGAGCGAGGACGGACCUGAGAGGAACUCCGGACCCGGACCUGGACCCGGACCUGGACCUGGACCCAGCUCAGAUCUGGUCCUUCGCAGGUUUAACAGAGACACUGAAGGACACGUCAAGACAUUUCCCUGUUUGGACGAUAAAGGACAUGUUUUUUUUUUUUUCUGAAAUUAGACGAGAAACUGGAUAUUAAAACUGUUUAUUUACA